AACAGUUAAAAUCUGAGAAAAUUACGGUGAACGCCAAGAAAAACAGAUGAACCAAGAUGAUGUAAAGAUGAUGAAGAUGGUAAAGGAGAACGAUCAGGAUGAUGAAGAUGAUAUUGAUGAAGAAAAGGGCCGAAAAAGUGAUCCCAAGGAAGAAGCCAGAAGUCUUAUUGAUCUGUUUAGUUUAGCCCUUUUUUAAUUCAGUUUAUAAUAGUGAUUGACGUUAAUGUUAAUGGUACAGUUAAUAUGGAUCAUUUGGUGGUUUCAACGGCAAUACCAAUGACUACAGGACUCAAUUCAUCAUCGUCUUCAACAGCCUCAAGCUUAAGCUCAAUAAACAAUACUUUAAUCGCUACCAAUGCUAAAUUAACUGGAUCUCGUAAAAUGGAUAAGCCUCCAUUAUCGUAUAUUUGCCUGAUAGUCAUGGCAAUUCAAAAUUCGGACAAUAAAAGGGCAACUCUGGCUGAGAUAUAUCAAUAUUUACAGAGUAAAUUUGCUUGCUUCCGUGGUGACUAUAAGGGCUGGAAAAAUUCAAUUAGACACAAUUUAUCAUUAAAUGAGUGCUUUGUCAAGCUGCCCAAAAACAUUGGUAAACCUGGUAAAGGUCAUUAUUGGACCAUUGAUCCUUCCUCUGAGUGUAUCUUUGAGGAAGGCUCAUUUAGACGGCGACCCAGAGGAUUUAGGCGUAAAAAGUUAACCCAAAUCAAUUGCUUAAGUGGUAAUACAAACGCUGGUAAUCUUGACAAUACAAAUGACAAUACAAGGGCCACUUCAACAUCUACCUCAACUACAACUACACUUUCACAUAACAAUGAAAACAACAACGCCAGGUUAACGGGAUUAUAUUCAAACUCGUUCCUAUCCUCACCAACACCACCUUCAAUUGGUAUUCCUCCUCCUUUAUCCCUACCACUGCCACCUCUACCUUCACCGGCCACAAAUCAAUCUUCAUCGACGUUACCUUCAGUGAUUACUCGUUCAGUGACUCCCUCUUUAUCACCACUAACUGUCUCUUCACAUUACAAUCAAAGCUACUUAACAUCUAAUCAUCAUCAUAGUCAACAACAGCCACAGCAACAGCAACUUUCAUCAACAGCCUUUGGUAAUCAUCUUCAUCUUGAUUAUGCCAACUUUUAUUCAAAUGUUAACAGUUAUGUUGGAAUGACUCUUGGAGUCUCAUCAUCUUCAGGUUCAUCACCAAUGUCAACCACAACUCAAGCAACAUCAACCAAUCCUUCAACAACAGCAACUUCAGCCAAUCCGUUAGCCAACAGUUGUCCAUCAACGUAUCCCAAUUUGAUUAAAAAUGAAACCCAAGGUUCAACUUCAUCAUCAUCGCCGUCCUCUUCGUCUUCAUCUUCUGUUUCCUCAUCUUCACCAUCGAUGACUCCAAAUGGUCUAUCAUUGACAAACUUAAAGUCAACAAAUUCACCGUCAAAUCAAUUGAUGGAUUCACCAUCAUUAACCCCACCAACUUCAAUUGGUUACAACAAUAAUACCAAUAGUAAUCAUCUUUACCACCAUCAUCAUCACCAUCCAAUUCAAGAUUAUUCAACAUUUACCGGUGAUUACAGUUGGCUAGUUAUAUCCAAUCAACAACAGCAUCACCACCUUCAUCACCAUCAACCCCAACAAAUGCAGCAAAAUCAAUCUUGUCUAAAUUAUUUACCUCAUAUAACUGAAUCUUUUUAGAUUGAAGUACAUUAAUUACGUAGUAUGGAACCCAAUGGCUCAAAAAUGUUACAAUUUACACCAAAUGAUGUAUCAAAAACAGGUAUAAAAAGAUGAUAUAAAUAAUGUAAACACUACAAAACCUGACCAACAUUGGGUUAUAAAUAAGAUUAGAUGAUGCGAUAUGGAAUAAUAGAAGAUAUUCAACGAUUCAACAGGUAAAUCAUGUAACCAAUAGUUCUCAAAUGAAUCUAAAAUCUUUAGGAAUAUGAAAUGUUUUUUUGCCAUCAGACUCGACUACAGAUCAACUACGAAAUUAGCUUUUUUAUAACAUCAAGAUUAACUUGUUAAUGGACUUGAUAGUUCUUGUCCAGUUAAAUCAAUCUCAAGCAACGAUUCAAUGGUUUUAUUACAUUAUCUUUAUCCUCUUCUCUAUCAUCAUCAUUCGACAUCAUUUAAAUCAAUCUUGAUUUUCAAUUGUUUGACUGUUUACAAACCUAAUCAACGAAUACUCAUCAUCUUUACCUGAUUUUGACGCUGAAAUUGUAACCAAGAAAGUUAAUUACUAAAUAGCAAAAUGUAAAAAUGUGUAAAAUUGUUUACUAUCACAACAGUUAACCAACCAAAAUCUAGUUUACUGUAAUUUGUGAAAAAUCAAAUAACUCAUAAGUCUACCUCCAACUUACAGUCAUUAAAAACAAGUGCCUUUUACCAAAUAC